CAUCACCCAGUGUCACCACUGCUGACUCACAGUGGGAGGGAGCCGAGGAUUUUCAAGUCAGAAUUCAGAGUGACAGGAGCCAGAAACCUCCACCCCAAGAGGCUUGGCGUGGUCAGGUGGCUCAACACUUCCUUCCCCAGCACAACGGGCAGGUCACAAUCAGCCCAGCGAGUCCACAGCACCUUCUGCACCCCAGUUCAUCCUUAUUAAGGCACCAUCUUCUGUUGUUCAAGAAAGGAGCGUCCCUGUCACGUAUAGGGGGGAAAAUGCUCGUUUGGCUGUUAGCCCUCCUCAUCUUCUGUGUUUUCCUGUGGAAUUAUGAAGGACAACGAAAGAUUGCAGACAUCAAUGAUAAGUACAUUUUCAUUACUGGGUGUGACACGGGCUUUGGAAACUUGGCAGCUAGAACUUUUGAUGAAAAGGGAUUUCAUGUCAUCGCUGCCUGUCUGACUGAAUCAGGAUCAGCAGCUCUAAAGGCAGGAGCCUCAGAGAGGCUUCACACUGUGCUUCUCGAUGUAACUGACCCAGAGAAUGUCAAGAGGACUGCCCAAUGGGUGAAAAGCCACGUUGGGGACAAAGGUCUCUGGGGCCUGAUUAAUAAUGCAGGUAUUCUUGGGGUGCUGGCUCCCACUGACUGGCUGACGUUGGAGGACUACAGAGAGCCUAUUGAAGUCAACCUGUUUGGACUCAUCAAUGUCACAUUAAAUAUGCUUCCUUUGGUCAAAAAAGCACAGGGGAGGAUUAUUAACGUCUCUAGCAUUGGAGGUCGGCUUGCAUUCUGUGGAGGGGGUUAUACUGCCUCCAAAUAUGCAGUAGAAGGCUUCAAUGACAGCUUAAGACUGGACAUGAAAGCUUUUGGUGUGCACGUCUCAUGCAUCGAACCAGGGCUGUUCAAAACAGGGCUGUCAGAUCCAGUGAAGACCACUGAAAAGAAACUUGCCAUUUGGAAGCAUCUCUCUCCAGACAUCAAACAACAAUAUGGCGAAGGUUACAUUGAAAAAAGUCUAAACAAACUGAAAGGCACCAGGUCCUUUGUGAACAUGGACCUCUCCCUGGUGGUGGAGUGUAUGGAUCACGCUCUCACAAGUCUCUUUCCUAAGACCCGUUAUGUUGCAGGAAAAGAUGCCAAGACUUUUUGGAUUCCUUUGUCUCUUAUGCCAGCAGUUUUGCAAGACUUCUUAUUGUUGAAAAGGAAAGUGGAGCUGGCUAAUCCCAGAGCAGUGUGACUCAGCUGACCACAAAUGCCUGCCUCAGGCUAGGAGAUUGGCUGAUUUCAAGGACUCAUCCCUAGACCAUGCUGCUUUUGACAAAAGGAGGGGUCCCACCAUCACUGAUGAUGUCCCAGAGUCUCUUUUCAAGACUUCUUUGAAAAGAAGAGCAAGAAUGGCUCAUCAUAGAGGAGAAUGGGGCGGAGGGCCGGGGGGUGGGCACUUGCCUUCUGUUUAAGCUUAGCCUGUGUGGAAUAA